AUGUCUGAACGAAUAGCAUUACCAAGAAAAAAGAAUGUAGCUGCAGUUGAACAAGAAGAAGCUUUGAAAGAACAAAAACUGCAAGACAAGCUGGCCAAGAGAGACUUGGAGACAAAGCCUAUACCCGCAUUUAAACCUGAUGAGGUCACUGUUGUCUUUGUGUUGGGUGGACCUGGUGCAGGCAAAGGAACCCAAUGCGACAAUUUGAAGAAAGAUUAUGGCUUUGUUCAUCUGUCAGCUGGUGAUUUAUUACGUGCUGAACAAAAGCGUGAAGGAUCUAAAUAUGGAGAGAUGAUCAAUAACUAUAUCAAAGAAGGCUUAAUUGUUCCUAUGGAAGUAACUAUUGCCCUUUUGGAACAAGCAAUGAAGGAAGCUAUAGCCAAUGGUCAAGGAACCCGAUUCUUGAUUGAUGGCUUCCCUCGUAAAAUGGAUCAGGCAAUCAAGUUUGAAGAAGUUGUCGUGCCUUCCAAGCUGGUGCUUUACUUUGAGUGCCCUGAGGAAGUUAUGUUGAAGAGAUUAUUAAAGAGAGGAGAAAGUUCUGGACGUGUAGAUGAUAACAUUGAAUCUAUCAGGAAGCGCUUUGUUACUUUUAUUGAAACUAGUAUGCCAGUCAUUGAUGAAUAUGCCAAACAGGACAAGGUUAAAAAGGUUCACUGUGAUCAACCUGUUGAGAAAGUAUAUGAAAAUGUAAAGAGCAUCUUUGACGAAUUAUUCAAUGAAAAUAAAUAG